ACGCGCGCGUGUUGAGCUCACCGGGCAGAGACACGCGAUCAGGUGAUUCGGCCCGGCGUGUGCUCCUGGAAGGUCCGCGGGCUCGCGGUCCGCCUCCCCGCGGAGUGACAGUGAGCGGUGAAACGAUGGCGGCGAACGAGAACACCACGCCUCGGGCGCGCCCCGUGAACAGCAUCUCACCGCUCGUGGGUCGCAGUCCCGGGGAGAGAGUGCUCGAACGAUUUAGCGCCCUUCGUCGGAGCAUCGGUGGCGCGGUCGCGCAGACGGUCCGUGGACUGCUCGCAUCGCCCACCGAACCCGGUGGAAACGCCGCAGCAUCUCCGAUGCCACCGCCGCCCGCUCAGGCUGCGCGAGCUGCCCAGAGCGAGCGCGUCGGACCGAGGCAAAGCCGCCUCGUCGACAUCCUGCGCGAGAGCACUGGAAGAGAGAAUCUGUCUCAAGAGGAGGCAGAGCGCGAGCUUAGGAGCUUACUGAAACGCGGUCGCGGCGAUAACGAGACCGCGGCGAUGACGACUCCAGCGGCGGAAGGACCGCCGAUAGCUCGAGCCGCGCCAGUUCCGGUCGCUUCCCGAGCCCCCACCGCGGGGUUAACUCGGACGACGCCCGGCGACGGCCAGCACUACGCGAGGGACGAUGAAAUCAACGUCGAGGACGAAGCGCCAUACGGCGACGCGAUGCGGAGUACGAGCGAGCGCAGACGGGCGAUUGGUAUGGCGCUGCCGAACGCGCGCGGCGUCUCGAGGCCUGCCGCGGUCGGUUGGGGAGGUAUCGGCGGAGGAGCCCCUCCGCCGCAACAGAGCGCUCCGCCUGCGAACGUGUAUCGCAGCUUGUACGGCGCGCCGCAGCACGGUAUCACGCCACAGCGCGUGCCACCGCAGUCGUUGUUGGGCACGUCUGCUCCCGGGAGUGGAUUACGUGGACCUAUUGGGUACGGCGCGAACAGAGGAGCGGGAUACGGCACGCGAGUGCGAUCACCCCCGACCGCGAGCGGAGCAGGAAUGGAUUUUGACUAUCAAGGCCCUGGUCUUGGGAUGCUUUCCGCGGGAUCAAAGCGCGGCCGGGACGCCGCGGAGUUUGAAGCGCACGAGCGGGACAUCGGCCGCGCGACUGUGCCUAGACUGACGCCUCCGCCGGAGCGAGGCAACAUGCCGCCGCCGCCGCCAGUGCACGCUAUGGCGGCGCCUAGCAACACCCCGGUUCCUCUGUCCGCGAGGGCGACACCCGGGGCGACCUCUGCGGUGACUACAGAUACUGCACGACGUAUUCUCCAAACUCUCGACCGACUCGCGGGUCAGAAGGGAGAUGCGAGUGGCGUCGCUGCGUCACCACUGCCUAAGCCGCUGAAUUUGUCCUCGAGCCUUAACCGAGCUGCGGCCCCGACUUCUUCUCUUCACGGCUUCAGGGGUAUUCAGCGAGCGACGCCCUCGAAGGCUUUCGCAGAUGCUGAGAAACGUUUACCAUCGACGAUAGCAUCACACUCUAAGCCGGCGUUGGGGGCGAUUAUCGCCAGCGCUGGCCCCACAGCGGCUACGCCUCUCCAGUUUACGCCCAACGUGCUUUCAAAGGAGAAGACCACUGUCGCCGUGGCUCCCCCGGUUCAACCGAUUGAGAUCAAAUCACAAGUGCAUUCGAUUAUGGCGAGCGCGGUGAGUACGAUUGACGAUGGACCUGGGGCUGAGCCUGAGCUUCCUCCCCCUUCGAUCCCUACGAAGUCUGCCGCACCGAGCACGACGCCGCUUUUCGACGGCGGAGCUCCGACGUUUUCGUUCAGAGAUCCUCCCCCACAAAGCAAAGGUGAGGCGAUUAACGUGGACGCAUCGGCCGCGAUCGCGGGAGAACUUCCGAAAUAUACGUUCGGGGGUGACGACUCAGAUGAAAUGGAGCUGCCCACGUUCAUAUUCGGAGACGAGGACGACGGCGACUUCGAGGUUUCGAAGUUUGGAUCGGACGACUUGAACCAGGUGGCUGAUAUCACGUACACGUUCGGUGAGGGUGCGCCAGCUCCUGACACGGCUAUGAAGGCGGCAAAGCCAGCGACUUUGUUUACAUCUGAGUCCCCCAAGCCGAAGGCCCCCGUCGAGACGAAGCCAGUGGAAGCCAGUGGAAGCGCCGUCGAUGAUAAGCCAGUGGAGGCGCCCAAGAAAACCGGCUCCCUCUGGGGCGCGGAUUUCAUGAAGAAGAACCUCGAGCAUCAGAAGAAAGUUCAAGCUGCAAUCGAUGAGGAGGAAAACAAAGCGAAAAAUCCUGCGGCGGCGACGACGGCGGCCCCAGCUGCUCCUUCGCCAUUCGUCACGGCGUCGAGCACAGGUGAUGCGCCUGCUCCGGCAUUUUCGUUCGGUGUCGGCGGUGCGUCUACCGCAGCGACUACGACUACUGCAUCUGCGCCUUCGACUGGCGGGUUCACCUUUGGAGCCCCUCCUCCUGCAGCGGUGGAUGCAUCCGAAUCAAAGCCCGCGGCCGCCGCGGCUGCCUUUACUUUCGGCGCAUCGUCCACCCCGGCGGUGGCUAUCGAGAAGUCAGCUGAUGUGCCGCCGCCCUCUUUUGGUUUCGGUGCCCCCGCAGCGGUUCCGCCCGCGGUUGAAGAGUCUAAACCAGCGUCUGCUCCCGCCCCGCCGGCGUUCACGUUCGGGGCGAGUUCGACGCCGGCGACUGAAGCGCCGAAGCCGGCCGCCGUAGUCGAACCUCCUUCGCUGUUUACCGCGACGCCGGCGCCUUCUACGUCGCCUCCCUUGAGCGCGAAAGCUCCUCCGUUCACAUUCGGAGCAGGGUCGACCCCGGCACCUUCGAGCGUCGCCGCCGAGCCCGUCGCGGCUGAGAAACCGAAGUCUGAGACUUUGCCCAGCGGAGGGUUCACGUUCGGUGGUGCAAGCACUGGCGCCGCUCCAGCUCCGGGAGCGAGCGGCUUCGGUAUGCCCGCGACAUCAGCUGCGACGGCACCUGAACCGUUCAAGUUUGGAGGAUCAACGGGAGCGAGCGCCCCUUCAAGUGGCGCCGCUUUUGGUGCCCCUUCCAGCGGUGCCACAUUUGGUGCUCCUUCCAGUGGCGCCGCCUUUAGUGCUCCUUCUAGUGGAGCUGCGUUUGCGUUUGGUGCUCCUUCUAGUGGCGCUACGUUCGGUGCUCCUCCUGCGGUAGUGUCCGAGCCCGCGCCGGUGAGCUCGACUCCGUUCAAGUUUGGUGCCGAGCCAAGUGCCGCGCCUUCAGCGUCGGCGCCCGCGCCCACUCCGGUUUUCGGAGCCGUGUCCACCACUCCUGCGUUCGGAGGCGCGCCGAGUACUGCAGCUGCUCCUACGUUCGCGGGUUUUGGAACAUCCGCGGCGCCGGCGCCGUCAGGAGCGGGAGAUGCGGCGUUCACCUUCGGUUCCUCGGGGAACGCGGCGUCGACUCCUGCGCCCGCCGCCCCUGCUCUGACACCGUUCGGAUCGGCGGCUUCUAUGCCUGUCGCAGGAGGCUUUGGCGCGGCCGCUGUUCCUUCUAGCAAUCCGUUUGGCAGCUCUGGUAAUCUUUCCGCGGCUGCGCCGAGCGGGAGCGCGCCCGCGGCUUCGAACCCUUUCACUUUCGGAGCUCCCAGUGGAGGAGGCGGUGGUGGGUUCGGCGGUGGUUCUGGGUUUGGCGGGGGCACGGGAGCCCCACCCCCCGUCAACGCGCCCAGCAUGUUCGGUGGUGCUGGUGCCUCUCCUGCUCCGGGAGGAGGAGGCGGGUUUGGAUCGAGUUCUUUCGGAAGCGGUGGUACUGUUCCGCCUCCCGCAUUUGGAAGCGGCGGCGGCGCGCUCACGGGCGGUGGGAGCGUGCCACCUCCUGCCUUUGGAGGAGCUGGCGCAACCGGUGGUUUUGGAGGCGGCGCUGGACCGCCGGGGAUGCCGAUGGGAGGCGGAGGAAUGAGCAUGGGCGCAGGAGACGCUCCGUCAGGAGGUAGGAAAACGGUGAAGAAAGCGAGACGUCCGCCGCGGCGCGGCGGCGGCGGCGGCGGUAACUGA